AUGGUUCAAUGUCUGGGCACCAUCCGGCCCUCUCCUUCUCUAAGCUAUUUUGCUACUUACAAACGCCAUCUAUCAUUCCGUAGCUCCCCCAUCACAGCUCCCGCAAAUGGGUUCUCUCCCUUCAGACGAAUUUUCAAUGCUUACCUUCAAUCUAAUUCAGCAACCACCGGCGCUGGCUCACGGUCACCUUCUGAACCGUCGGAAGUCAUAUUUAUAGGUACAGGUACCAGUGAAGGAAUUCCACGCGUGAGCUGCCUGACAAAUCCUUUAAAGACAUGUGAGGUUUGCUCGAAAGCUGCGGAACCAGGUAAUAAAAAUCGGAGACUCAAUACAAGCAUCCUUGUUCGUUAUCCUAGACCAUCUGGAAGUUGUAAUGUUCUUAUUGAUGCUGGAAAGUUUUUCUACCACAGUGCUCUAAAAUGGUUUCCUUCCUAUGGGAUAAGAACAAUUGAUGCGGUUAUUAUUACUCAUUCUCAUGCUGAUGCAAUUGGAGGUCUGGAUGACCUUCGUGAUUGGACAAACAAUGUUCAACCCCACAUUCCUAUAUAUGUGGCCCAGCGCGAUUUUGAGGUGAUGAAAAAGACUCAUUAUUAUUUGGUGGAUACAAGUGUCGUCCUUGCUGGUGCUGCUGUCUCAGAGUUGCAAUUUAAUAUCAUACACGAGGAUCCAUUUUCAGUACAAGGGUUGCAGUUUACCCCUUUACCUGUGUGGCAUGGUCGUGGUUAUCGUUCCCUUGGAUUUCGUUUUGGUAAUGUUUGUUAUAUUAGUGACGUCAGUGACAUACCUGAAGAAACUUAUCCACUUCUGAAAAACUGUGAACUUCUGAUUCUGGAUGCUUUGCGGCCAGAUCGGUCUACUGCAACACAUUUUGGACUUCCAAGGGCUUUGGAGGAAGUACGGAAAAUCCAACCGAAGAGAACUUUGUUCACUGGCAUGAUGCAUCUGAUGGAUCAUGAAAAGGUGAGUGAUUAUCUUAUGAAAUUGAUGGAGACAGAGGGUCUUGAUGUACAACUGAGCUAUGAUGGACUUCGUGUACCAGUAGCAUUCUAG